GCAGCUGCAAUCCGGAUUGCGGGCAGCGGUUUCGGGCAGGGGCGGGUCGUCUACCCGCCAGGACUCCCAGGCUUUCAAAGGGCAGGGCAGGGUCGGGACGAGGCGAUGGGCGCCAGGCCGCGGGGGAGAUCCAGGGAGGGAGCGGGCUGUUGAACGGGGUCGCCGUGGGAGAGCCCUGCCGCGUCCCUGGAUAGGAGUGCAGGGAAAGCUGGCAGACAUGUGCAGCCGAGGCUUUAUUGUGGAGUCCCGGCGGGGGAGCCUCGGCAGGGCGCUCCGCUGAUUCGGAGGAUGUCCUGGGCAAAAGAGGCGCUGGCCGGUUGCAUCGGGGAGUUACGAGGUUGCGAUGCCGUGGUAGAGAAAUCGCCGGGCGGGUGCAGAUAAAAUGAGGGAUUCGGGGUCUAUUUGCCUGGUGGAGGGGUAGCGCGGCCGGCUUUGGAGGCAGAGCUAGAUGGCCUCAUGUGGGAUGCUCCCCAUUUAGGCAGGGGGGCGAGGGCUUGUUUUUCUCUGCUGCAGUGGGGCUUGAGAGGGAGAGAAGGCGGGUCAAUUUCUGAUGUGCCAGAGGCCUUGGGGAAAUAGUUUUAAUUAGCUCAGAAGCAGCAGCUGUUAAUUGGGGUGCGGUGGUUUUCUCCAGAGGACGACCUAGUAAUAGAAGGAUGCAGGGCAGAGGACUGAGUCCAUCUGUGGCGGAUCCUAUUCAAGGCUUUUGUGGGUUAAAGGCUACGUGGGGCUUGUGACUCUGUGGAAGAUAAUCCUCUCCGUUUAGGUGCCUGUGAACCAUGCCAGCUUUGUCUGUGAAAAAUUAAGGCUUUUCAAAUUUGACUUUAAAAUGAGAGCACCCCGUUAUUUUUAAAUUUUGUGUGUGGUGCUGAUGUCUCAUAUAAUGCUUCAUGUUAAUUUAAAUGGAGUGGAGAUUUUGUAGUUUACUCAAUCUAUUCUCUUAAUUUUAUCUGAAUAUUAAAGAUACUAUAUUGAUUCCUAUGUAAAUAAAUAUAUUACUCAUAUGAUUGCAUUGUAUCGAUGUUUUUCCGAUGUAAGCUACCUUUGAGUAGCUGGUUAAUUCUUUGAUUGAUUGUAAGCAUAAAGUGAUUUGUUAUUGUUGAAAGUAUCCCUCUUACUCCAUUAUGUUCAAACUAGGAAACAUGAAAGACUUAAUAAUUGUUUCCCAUUAAUUAUAACAAUUUGAUUGCAGAAACUUUAUUUGCAUUCCUGAGAUAUUACUUUUCUUUUGAGAAAAUAUUGCUGUGGUGUGGAAGUGUGUGGGAAAGUAGCUGUGGAUACUCUUGGGAGAUACCAAGUUUGAAUAGUAGACUUUAGGCUGAAAGAUUUUGGGGUGGAACUACAAAAGAAGUCCUGUUCCCUUGCAGGAUCAUACAUGUGAUUAUUAAAGGUCCUACUAAACUACUGAAAUGGCAAGCAUUCAACAGGGUAACUUUCUUUCAUAAAGCAUUGUUAAAUAUUGGAGCAAAACUUAUCAGGUUUUUGUAGGAAUAACAUUCAACAAAGAGACUGGUGGGUUUUUCCACCUUCAAUGUUCCCUCAAGCCAUGUCUGCUUUUGGGGAUGCUCAUGAAUGGUAUAUGGGCGCUCUGAGUCGUCAAGAAGCAGCUGCAUGUCUCCAGGGACACCGCCAUGGGACCUUUCUGGUACGAGACAGUACUACGUGCCCUGGUGACUACGUCCUCUCCGUCAGUGAAAACUCCAAGGUGUCACACUACAUUAUAAACAGCCUCCCUGGGCGUCUACGGAUUGGGGAGCAUGAAUUUGACGGGUUUCCAGCGCUUUUAGACUUCUACCGCCUGCAUUAUCUGGACACUACUACCUUGGUAGCUCCCUUGGGACGCGUUGUAGCCCCUUCCUCUGCCCAGCCACCUCCUGCUGGCGAGUGGGUCCGUGCCCUCUAUGACUUUGUUGGCCGUGACCAGGAAGACCUUCCCUUCACCAAAGGGGAGCCUUUGCGAGUUUUAGCCAAGCCAGAAGAGCAGUGGUGGACAGCUCAACGUGCCGAUGGGCGUGUGGGUAUGAUACCCGUGCCAUAUGUCCAGCCUUGUCCAUAUGCUCAUCCCAGCAGCCAUGGCGCCCCCCGACACGCUCCCAUAAUAGCCAGAGCAGUCCAACGAAGGGUGCCUGGUGCCAGUGACAAAACAGCAUUGGCCUUUGAGGUGGGUGAUCUCAUUGCAGUCACCAAGAUGAAUGUCAAUGGUCAAUGGGAGGGAGAGCUGAAUGGGCGCCGUGGACAUUUCCCCUUCACCCACGUCAAAGUCCUAGACUCUGAAGAAACCAGCUGAAUAUCCAGUGGAGCACCUGAACUGCUGACCCUCACAGGAUCACGAUGCUCUGAAUUCCCUUUGAACUUCUUGAACUUUUUGAUGUGAAUGUUAAAUUAUGACCUCCUCAGUAGACUCUUGUGAUGAUCCAGCAGGAUACGGGCGCUGUGACCAUCUUCACCUCCUCGACUUAGGAAAGCUGCUCCUUGAUAACAUUAUUCUUAAAUGCUAUUGUAGUUGACUUGAUAUACUUUGACUUUUCUGGGCUUGUUCCUUUUUGCUUCCUAAGAACUUUUACUGCUUUGGCCUUGUGAUUUUCAAUUAUAUGCCCUUGAAUUUGCUUCAUUUGCAUCCUAUGACCUAUGAAAUAAGAAGCUCUGAGCUUUCAUGAGGAACCCUUUGCCUUCCUGUUUCCCUUGGGCCUUGCUUGCUUGGAGAGAAGUGGCCAUGCUUGGUUUUGACCAGAUAAACAGAACUGUGCCACUUCUUGUAAGAUCCCCGCUCAACUUGUUGUCUGUUCCAAAACUGCCUUGUUAAUUAAAGUUUCCUGCUGAUUAUUUCUCAGCUGCUAUGGACGUCUUCUGGGGAGGGGCUGAAGGAUGGAUCUGGGGAAAGAGUAACAGUGCUGCCAUGGUAACUAGCAUCACAACCCAGGCCUUGCAGGUUGCCAUGGGGAACUGGAUCACAGCCUAUUGCUGGAGAUAGGCUGAAGAUUGCAGCAGUAUGCACCACAGGUGUGGUUUGGGGCCUCUUGAUCUCCACUUGUUCCAUCAAGCCUCCCUUUCCAUGUGUAGGAACAGCUCCUCUGGCUCACUGGUGCAGUAUUUUUCCUUACUAAAUUAUAAGCAAAUAUACUGGUGCUUGUGACCUCUGCUUAGCUCUUUUCUCCCCAUGUAAUCUCAGCUUCCCUAUACUGAUUCAUUUUGUGACAAUAUACAUGUGCAGUAUAUUCAAAAUACAGUGUCCUAGAAGAAA